UCGUGGUCUGCGCUUGCCCUCCCUCGAUUCGCUGACGUCAUCCUUCACGUAAUUUUCUUAUGGUCGUGUUUAAGGUGUCGUCUCGCAGAUUCCUUUAUUGCGAUGCUCUACUGCACGUAAGGGUGUCUGUACGCCAGGUCUAUUGGAUCAUUGCCGCCACAAUCACGUCUGGGAUAGACUGAGAUGAAUACUGAAGGUUCUGUAAUUGUUCCAAGGGACUUUCGUCUUCUUGAAGAACUUGAGAGGGGUGAGAAAGGAAUUGGAGACGGGACUGUUAGUUAUGGCAUGGACGACGGUGACGAUGUGUUAAUGCGCUCUUGGACCGGAACCAUAAUUGGACCGAAUCACUCUGUGCAUGAGGGUCGCAUCUACACUUUGAAAUUGUUCUGUGACGAGGAUUACCCUGACAAACCUCCAACUGUGAGAUUUCACUCUCGAAUCAACAUGACUCAUGUCAAUCCAGAGACGGGAGUGGUGGAGCCAAAAUAUUUUCCAAUGCUUGCAAACUGGCGCCGCCAGUACACAAUGGAAGACAUUUUGAUUGACCUUAAGAAAGAGAUGGCAAGUCCAGCUAAUCGAAAAUUGCAACACCUUCGGAAGGAAGCACAUUUUAGACGAAAUCGUUUGAAGCCGAACGACCUUCAAACUUUUAUUUAUUAGUUUUACUGUUGGGUUUACUUUUCUGCAUUCUUCAAGAUUUCUGAAAGGAUAUUUCAAUCCUGGGAAUACUUGUAAGAAAUGCACAUUGUUGGGUAGUGAGAAGUGGUGCUGGAGCACUUGUCAGGGGAAGUUCAAGUCCCUAGGUAUGCUGAGACUGUUCAUUAUAUGCUAUGUGGUCUAGUUUCUAUUCUCUCUAUCUCCAGGAAAUGGAAAAGGGAGGAUGGAACAUGGUCAUCCUUCUGCAGACUAUAGCAUCUUUACUGAAACCUCAAAAAUCGAGCUACACACAAUCAAUCAUACAACAAUCUUAAGGUUUGUGAUGUA